GGCGGAACCAAUGAGGCGGCCCGGAGUGGGGAAGGGUUUGAGGCGAACUCAAACUUCCGGUCGGCCGUGCGGGAACUGGUGAGGUGGUCGUGCACUUCCGGUGGGUCCCGGGAACCAUGGCCCGCAAGAAGAGGGUCCGCGCCAUCGCCGAGAUGGCCCGUAAAGUGCGGGAGUACUGGGCCCGCAAGAAUCGGCCCCGGGACAGCGAGCGCUUCGCGCUGGACUACCAGACCAUGACACGGCCGUACAGCGGGAAGAAGCUGCCGCUCCUGGCCCACCGCGAUAUCCGCAACGAGAGCCGCCUCUUCCAGUUCCUCAACCGCCUGCCCCUCUUCGGCAUCGGCCGCCUCGUCACCAGGAAGUCCUGGCUCCUGGCCUACGACCAGCCCUGCUACUGGACCGUCAGCAAGGUCAAGGUGGAUUACACGGCCCAGGAUAUGGACCAUGGAAAAGCAUGGGGAGUGCUAACAUUCAAAGGUAAAACUGAUGAUACAAUAAAAGAAAUUGAUAAAGUCAUGUACCAUGAUUGGCGUCUGGUUCCAAAACACGAAGAAGCAGCUUUCAAGAGCUUCACGCCUGUUCCUGAGACAAAUAUUCGCUACGUCCCUUACCCUCCUUUGCUUCGUGCCAUGAUACUGGCACAGAGAGAGAAAGCUGGCAAAUCUAUAGGAGAAGAGCCUAUGGUUGAUCUAGAAAGAAAUCGCCACUUUCCAAAGGACUACUUUAAAAACCUGGAUUUGAAGAAAGAAGCAGCGGGAACGCCAGUAUAAAAAAAACUGAAUUACUCAUAGCUAUUGAUAGACUGACUGCAGUUGAUUCCAGCAAUUUGUCUUGUUGGUUAUGUAUAAUAAAAUCAAUUAUUUUGUACUAAGCUUUAAAUUCACAUUCGAAUACUUGGAUGUUGACAGGCAGGAAAAGAACUAGCUGGUUCAGCACAAAUGCCCUCGUACUUUUGGCUGGAGCACAUACAGAGCUUUCCCCAUCCCCUUUUCCUCUACUCCGUUGCCAAGUAACGUCCCUGGAGAAGCAAAGAAACAGCAUUCAAAAAUCCAGGGCUAAUAGGUUGAACUUCCAUGUUUAUUUCCCAUUUGUCUUGUCAUCCUGAAGCCCAUGAUUAUUCUCAUUGUGAUCAUCUACUCUUCCAAGUACAGUCUCAUCUGCAAACUUUAUAAAUGUGCUGUUAUCCAGUCUAAUCUUUAAUCCAAUUUGCAAAGAGUAAUGCCUGCAAAAUGGAUCUUUAAGCAACCCCAGUGCAAAUCCUGGUUCGGCCACAUCUGGAGUAUUGUAUCCAGUUCUGGUCGCCUCAUUACAGGAAAGAUGUGGAAACAUUGGAAAAGGUGCAGAGGAGAUUUACUGGGAUGUUGCCUGGAAUGGAGGGAAGGCCUUAAGAGGAAAGGUUGAGAGAGCCAGGGCUUUUCUCUUUAGAACGACGAAUGAUGAGAGGUGACUUGAUAGAGGUGUACAAAUUGAUCAGAGGUAUAGAUAGUGGAUAGCCAGAGACUUUUUCCUAGGGUGGAGGUAGCUAUUACGAGGGGGCAUAGUUCUAAAGUGAGUGGAGGUAGAUAGAGGGGCGAUGUCAGAGGUAGGUUCUUUACUCAGAGAGUGGUAGGGGUGUGGAAUGCAUUGCUGGAGAGGGUAGUGGAGUCGGCUUCAUUAGGGGCAUUUAAGCGCCAAUAGAUAGGCAUAUGGAUGAUAGUAUAAGGUAGGGCUGAAGGUUAGAUAGACCUUAGGUUUAGGGUAAAAGUUCGGCACAACAUCGUGGGCCAAAGGACCUGUACUGUGCUGUUACAGUUCUAUGUUCUGUGUUCUAAACCACCACCUAUUCUGAAAACAUCAAUUUACCACCACUCUUUACUUCGAGUGUUUCUGAAAAAGACCAAAAGCUUCAGCAGCAAAUCUCUCUUCUCAGCAAUAUCUAAGUUCUAGACCACUUUUACUUCAUGUCUGAGCCAACUUUCUAUCCAUACUUCCACUUUCUCUCAAUUUCCAUGGGUUUCCAUUCUCUUAAGAAGUGUCAUGGAGUGUGUUGUUAGAUGCAUUCUGAAAGUCCUUAAUUACAAAUUCACUGUACUCCUUUGAUCAAUGUUCUUUAUUACCUCAUAAAAGGACUCAUUCAAGUAAUUCAGACAGGAUUUGCCUUUAAUAAAGUGAUUCUGGCUCUAUCGAACGAGAAA